GCCUGCAGCCGCAGUGACAGGCGAGCCGGGCCCGGUGGCGGAAAGGAAGUGCGGGGCCGCCGCGCCGAGCCUGUCCCCGCCGAGGCCGGCUCCCCCGGGCGGCUCGGGUGACAGUGUCGCGGCUGCCGGGCGCAGGGCGGGGCACGCGCCGGGCAGAGCCGAGCGGCAGGCGGACGCUUCAGAGAGACGUGGGGAAAAUGGCUGAUGACUUUGGCUUCUUCUCGUCGACGGAGAGCGGGGCCCCCGAGGCGCCCGAGGAGGACCCGGCGGCUGCUUUCCUGGCCCAGCAGGAGAGUGAAAUCGCGGGCAUAGAGAAUGACGAGGGCUUCGGGGCACCUGCUGGCAGCCAGGCGGCCCUCACGCAGCCGGGACCCGUGAGUGGGGCGGGUUCUGAGGACAUGGGGACCACAGUCAAUGGAGAUGUGUAUCAGGAGGCUAACGGUCCAGCUGAUGGCUACGCUGCAAUUGCCCAGGUCGACAGGCUGACGCAGGAACCCGAGAGCAUCCGCAAAUGGAGAGAGGAGCAGCGGAAACGGCUGCAAGAGCUGGAUGCUGCCUCCAAAGUGAUGGAACAGGAGUGGCGGGAGAAGGCCAAGAAGGACCUGGAGGAAUGGAACCAGCGCCAGAGUGAACAAGUUGAGAAGAAUAAGAUCAACAACCGGAUCGCCGACAAAGCAUUCUACCAGCAGCCAGAUGCUGAUAUCAUCGGCUACGUGGCAUCUGAGGAGGCUUUUGUGAAGGAAUCCAAGGAGGAGACCCCAGGCACAGAGUGGGAGAAGGUGGCCCAGCUGUGUGACUUCAACCCCAAGAGCAGCAAGCAGUGCAAAGACGUGUCCCGCCUGCGCUCGGUGCUCAUGUCCCUGAAGCAGACGCCGCUGUCCCGCUAGGAGCCUGCCGCCAACAUGGCCGCCAUACAGGGGCCGGGCCGGGCAGAGGAGGAGCAGCUGCUUUGGCCAGGGGGGAAAUGCCUCCAGCAGCUGCUACACAGCCUAUUCCGUUCCUCGCCAUCUCCCGGGGCCGGGAAGGGGAACCCUCACCCCUCUCAACUGUCAUUCCCUCACGGCCCUACGGCCCAGCCCCUCACAUCUCCUCUCAGUCCACAAAAUUGUGACUGUCCCUCCUGAUGUAUUUUUUUUUCUUGGCUUAAAGGGUGUGUUGUUAACUCUUUUUACACUUAUUUCAUUCUCAUUUCUCUGGAAGCCACAAACUGGUGUCAGGGCUGUUUGUGCUUAGAACUUUCCCAGCUUCAUGGGCUUGAGAGAAGGUAGGGCUAUUUCCCUGGUAACCCAGGGGCUCCCAGCUGGCAGAGGGCAUCCCAGGGGCUCCCAGCUGGCAGAGGGCAUCCCAAUCUGUCUAUGUCUGCUGCCUCCAGCCCCAGGAGGAAAGACAACCUCUCACAGAAUGUUUUUGCAAGCUUGAUCCUUUCUGAUCCUUGAACAAACCCAUGACAUAGGGAUUCUGUUGGUCUGUCAUAUAGCCACAGACACCCAGAGGGGAAGCAGCUUGGAGGGAAGAGGCAAGACCAGAGGUUCCCGGUGGGUGCUUCCUCUUUGCCUGGGUGAGGGGCUGGUGAAGGUAGCCUCUGCCACAACCCUUCCUUGGGAUUGGUCAGGACCCUCUGCCUCUUUCAGCUGUGCUCUUCUGUGGAUUUGGGAGAAACAAUCAGUGACAACACCUUCCCCUUCAAGAGAGUUGCAAACAGGUUAUGUUCAAGCCAUUGUGAUCUGAACAAUGUUUAAAAAUAUUUAAUUGCCAA